CUGGACACGGCCGUGCAGCGGUGGGGAGGAGCCCGCGUCUCGCCGGGCUGGCCUCAAGCACCACCGCGUGUGACUCUUGGCCUCGCCUGCCGCCAGCUGGCGCUCGAUCCCCUGCUCGAACCAUUCCGCUUCUCACGUUCCCUCGUCACCUCUCGGCGACGAUUCCUUGACCGCUGGCCUCGGCCAGCGCGCACGAUGGCCGUGCCCUGGCAGGGCGUUGCAUCGCACGGCGCAGCGGCGCCCCCGCGCGCCGGGGCGUCGAGCGUGGCCCAGCACCUCAUGCGCAGCCUGUUCCACGCCAUGCCCCAGGCCGAGGAGCAGCAGCUCUUCCGCGACUGCGAGCGCGAGCUCGUGGCGGCGCUCGGCUCCCUGGGGCCGGACUGGCGCCUGGCCCCCUUCGGCAGCGCGAAGAACCUGCUCAUGACGCGGGGCUCGGACCUGGACAUCACGGCGUACAGGGCGGACCUCCUGGGCGGGGGCGGCGCUGCCCUGGCCGCCCCGGACCUGGAGGAGCGGCUGCUGCCCCUGCUCCGCAGCAGCGGCAGGCUCGAGAUCCAGGGCAACGUCAUGAGGGCGCGCAUCCCCGUGCUGAAGAUGCGCUUCGACGGGAUCCUGGACGUGGACCUCUCCUGCCACAACGUCGAGGCGCUGCGCAACACGCAGCUCCUGAGGGCGUACGCGGAGCUGGACCCCGUGGUGCGCAAUCUGGUCGUGCUCGUGAAGCUGUGGGCGAAGGCCGAAGGCGUCUGCGGCGCCCCCAGCGGGCACCUGACUUCGUACGCGCUGACCCUGAUGGUCGUCUACUUCCUGCAGGUGCACCCGCGGAUGUGCAUGCCCUGCCUGCCCACCCACCUCUUCACCGGCUUCGGCUGCAAGCCCCCCGAGGUCCAGCAGACGCGGUGGGCUUGCACCGUGCCGAUCCAGGAGGCGCUGCUGUGCUUCUUCCACUUCUACUCCUCCGAGUUCCAGUGGGGCCAAGAGGUGGUCGCUGCGCGCCUCGGCUGGCGCUCCACGGCCGACGACCCCGAGCACUGCCGGCUGCCUGCAGCGCACCUGCUCCGGUUACACGUAGAGGACCCCUUCCUCCUCAACAGGAACCUGAACUGCGUGCUUGGUGCCGAGCAAGAGAAGAAGCUCUACGUCGCUCUCUCGCGGGCAACCGCAGACAUGUAUCGUGGGUUCGCGCCGGUGGGGCUCCGCGGCGAACAGCCAGUCGACGCGCCUCUGCGCCCGUUCCCGCGCGCAGAAGAGCCUAAGGACACUGCCCACGACACCAGGGGCGAUUCUGCCGAGAGCACAGCCGCAGGCCCGUACAGCGAGUACAGCACAGAGAACGGCAGCGAUAAGGACUUGGACCGCGGCGUGCCCGCCAGUCCCUGCGCUCCCGCUGGCCCGGGCUGGGGUUGUGGGGUGAGCUCCGCCCUGGCGCCUGCCGCAGAAAGUUUGGACCGCUCGGCGCCUGCCGGCCCCUGCACUCAACCCCGCCCGGGCAGGGGCCGCCGUACGGGGUGCGCCUUGGCGCCCUCGGCUGAGGACUGGGCUGUGGCCUCCGCUCCUGCUCGCCAGGGCUGCGGCGGCUGCCAGGCGCCUGCCGCGGCCGAGGCCUGGGGCCACGGGCCGCCCGCGCCUGCCGCUCCCGUGCCCGCUCGCUCAGGCUGGGAUGGCCGUGCGGCGCCCGCGACUGGGCUGUGGGAUCAGGAUCCGCCCGCGGCUGCCGCCCCCGCCCCCGCCUGCCCGGGCCGUGCGGCACCGGGCAUCGGGCCCUACCAGGGGCCGUCCACGGCUGCUGCCACGGCCUCUGACCGCCUAGGCCAGGAUGGGCGUCCGGUGGCCGCCGUGGGGCCCCGCGGCCGAAGGCCCUCGGCGCCUGCCAGCCCUGCCCCCACACGCCCGGGCUGGGAUUCCCGCGCGGCACUCCCGAUUGGGCAGCGGGACCAGUGGCCCCCAGCGCCUGCAGGCGCGGCUCCCGCCCGCCAGGGCUGCGGCGCGGGUUCCGGGAAACCGUACACUGGCGUUUCAUGGGCGCCAGAGCCGCCGCUGCGGGACCCCCAAACUCGGUGCCAUUUGCAGCAGGCACCCCAUGCAACGCAGUCACAUGCAACCUCUGACCAACCCUGGCGCAGGCCCAUUUCAGCAGCAGGCACGGGUGCAGGCCCGCCUCAGCCACAGGCACCGCAGCCGCGGCCGCGUGCUGCGCAGCCGCGAGCCCCGCCGCCGUUGGCCCAGUCGCAGCAAGCCCCGCAGCCGCACGAGUUGCCCCCCACAACCUUGGGAUUCCUGCGGCUCUGAGGUGCCGCGCUGGAUGCUUCGCGCGGGCUUCUGUUUAAUCGCUCUGCCGCCUGGCGGUCGCAGUCGGCUGGUUCCCGCUGCCUGCGUCAUUCGGAGCCCCAUGAGAUUCUCAGCCGCCCUUGGUCCCUUGAGUCAGGGGAGAAACACAGACCACCGCCACCGACCCCCCCCCACUCUGUGGCGGCGGUCUCUGUUUUUUCUCGGAUGGAGGGAAAGGGCAUGCCUUGCCGAAGAAGGUGGCCGAAUGGGGUGGAGUGACCACUGCGAGGAGCUGCGUGAUCGAGCUUGCGCUCGCUGCUCGAUGGGGGCGUCAUGUGCCCAUAAGCUGGGUUAGGAUCUGUGCCCGAGGCUCGGUG